GAUUUUAGGUUGGGACCUGGUUAGCUUAACAAACGCCAACAACGACCAGCCUACGCAACAAGAUACAGCCUUCAAGUCAAACUUCUCUCUCGCCCGCCGUUACGAAAUGGAUGCUGCGCCGCCCUCCUCAUCCGCGGCCGCAGGAAAUGGAGGAGGUCCGGCGCCGUUUCUCCAGAAGACGUAUGACAUGGUUGAUGAUUCUUCCACCGACGAGAUCGUCUCCUGGGGCUCUAACAACUGCAGCUUCAUCGUUUGGAACAAUACCGAAUUCGCUCGCCUUCUCCUCCCGACGUACUUCAAGCACAGCAAUUUCUCCAGCUUCAUCCGUCAGCUCAAUACCUAUGGAUUUCGAAAAGUACAUUCUGAGCGUUGGGAGUUUGCUAAUGAAGAAUUUAUAAGAGGACAAAAGCAUCUUCUGAAGAAUAUACACCGCAGGAAACCUAUACACAGUCAUAGUCAUCCUCCGGUUUCUGUUGUAGAUCCUGAAAGAGCAGCAUUUGCCGAGGAACUCGAUAAACUCUCGCGCGAGAAAAAUUCUCUUGAAUCCAAUCUCUUAAACUACAAACAGCAUCAAUCAACAACAAAGCUUCAGAUGGAAGAUUUUUUCCAUCGAUUGGAUGGUAUAGAGAAGAGGCAGACAAAUUUGCUGAGCUUUUUUGAGAAGGCUCUUCAGAAUCCUUCUUUUGUUGAUCAACUUUCGCGCAAAAUCGAAUCCAUGGAUAUGGCGGCAUAUAAUAAGAAAAGGCGACUGCCUCAGGUUGAUCAUGUGCAACCUGUUGCUGAAGGUAGCUUGGUUGACAAUCAUAGUAAUUUUAGACUGGAAUUUGGAAAUGUUAUCCAUCAAGAUUUCUCGAGCAAACUCAGGCUGGAAUUGUCACCAGCUGUCUCGGAUAUGAACUUGGUAUCAGGUAGCACACAGGGUUCAAACGAAGGUGAGGAAAGCCUGCAGAAGAACCCGUCUGAAGGAGAACUGAAUGGAAUGCAAACAAGAACUGGCCUUGCUUUUGCACCUGAAACACUAGAGCUUGCAGAUACUGGGACAUCUUUUACUUUUAAUAUGGAUUCGUGUUUAUCACGAAGAGCAACAGCUACUGAGAGCACAAAUCCUCACUCCCUGGAGCCAAGUAGUGAAGAAGGUGAUAGUCAUAUAUCCUGCCAACUAAAUUUAACUCUGGCAUCUUGUCCAUUGGAAUUCAACAGGAAUUCAUACUCGGCCAGAUCACCCCAGAUAGAUUGUCAAGAAAUUGCCGAGUCAAUAGUUAAUGCCAAUGGUAAAGUAUCAGAAAAUGGAGUUUCCUUAAACCGGGUUGUGGCUAAUGAGGCUAUCAAUUUAGCUUCACCGCAGGAAGCUUCAGGCAAUGGCCAAGUCAAACCAGCUGCUCCACGUCGAGUGAAUGACGUCUUUUGGGAACAAUUCCUUACUGAAAGACCAGGCUGUUCAGACAAUGAAGAGGCAAUAUCCAACUAUCGAGCAAAUCCAUAUGACGAGCAAGAGGAAGGGCGGUCAGUUCAUAGAAUCUCUAGUACCUCCAAGAACAUGGAUAAUCUCACACUCUAAGCAUGCUGCCUUGGAUCACUUGUUAGUUGUUAUAAAAUGGUAUGUGAGAUUCUCAAUUAAUAUCAAUGUCAAUAGACUUGUCUACAAUUUGUUUUGUUUUGCACGUGGGCUGAAACUAUUUCAUGUGAACAUAUCUUUGGUCUUUUUAGACUGAAACAUGCAUUGUCAAUUGCUUGCUGGCAGUGUUGUAUAUACUCAGUUUUGAACGGUUCCCACAGGUAUUGUGAAUUUAAAAGUCUUCCACUAUGCGAUUUUAAAUA